AUGAUGAUGAUCAGGCGACUAAUGCUUCGAGCAUCAUUGAUCUCAACAAGACAAUUGAUCUCAACAAGAACACUGCAUGUCAUCUCGAGAUCAGAAACCAAUGUUAAACCAGCUUCUUCCACACCCCUCAACCUCAAGAAAUACCAUCUUCUUUACCAUGAUCUCAUGUUACCAAACGUAUAUAUUCCACUUAUAUUUUUCUAUUCCAAUCCACAAGAAUUGAUUGAUAAAGCCACAAUACCGAAUCUACUCAAGAACUCUUUGUCCCAGGCACUUAACAAGUACUACCCGUUUGCUGGAAGGCUCAGAUCUGCAGGAUCCUACGUUGAUUGCAACGACGAAGGUGUUCAAUUUCAUGAAGCGCGAAUAGCAUGCACGUUGUCCGAGGUUCUGAAAAGAGCUCCUGCCAAGGAAGAAGACAAAGGCUUUGGUCAUCUCUUCCCACCUCGCUCAAUAUGGCAUAAGGUGGACGAAUCUCGUCUAAUGCUUGUUCAACUAAAUCAUUUUUCUUGCGGAGGAAUCGCCUUAGCUGUGAGCCUUGCACACCGCAUUGUUGAUGGUAGCACUUCAUUUUCAUUCCUAAAUUACUGGUCAAGUUUGUCACGAAGCCCUGUUGAUGAAGAAAGGUUAGCACAUCUUCAUCCACAUUUUCUGUACGAGUCGCUACCUCAAUCAAGUGAUGAAAAUUUACUUGCAACUCAAGCUUCAUAUCCCGAAAAGCACUGGAUCACUACAGAGGUCCUGUUUCACAACUCAAAGAUAGCAGAACUGAAGGCCAAUCAGGAAAUACAAGACAAAACAGAGGGUGUACUAGCCGAUCAAAACUACACGCGAAAUGGACUCGUGACUGCACUACUUUACAGAUGCGCUGUAGCGGCUGCAGCUACAUCAAAAUCGGGGGUCUGUCCUAAAUCUGUCCUGUUCCAGUCAGUAGACGUGAGGGGAAUGCUGGAUCCGCCCCUGCCUAAAACAACCGUUGGGAAUCUCUUUGUCUUCAAUACCAUUCCAACUAGCACUAUGAGUGAGACAAUGUUGAAUCCAAUGGUGACACAAAUGAGAAAAGAGAAGAUGAAACUCAAAGGAAUCAGGAACUUGGACGGGAAAGGGACUGUGCAUUUGGCCGAAAAGUUUGCAAAAAUGAAUCACAAGCUUUAUGUGAUUAGCAGCAUUUGUAAUUUCCCAUUGUAUGAUGUGGUGGAUUUCGGGUGGGGAAAGCCUGUUAAAGCCACACUUGUGGACGCGCCAUUUGCUAAUUGCUUUUUCAUGGCGGAUACGCCGUGCAAAGACGGUAUAAAGGCGACUGUAAAUUUGGAGGAGGAAGAUAUGAAAAACUUCAGAGCUGACAGUGGCCUCCUUGCUUAUGCUUCUUUUCUUGAUUGA